AUGCAAUCCUGCUCGCAUUUGAACGGCCAGUUCCAUCUACUGCCUUGCGGAUCCAACGAGCCAGCGCUCGCCGACCACGUGCACCCGACAGGCCGGUCCCACGUUCUAGAAAGUGAAGGGUCUCGUCUCGCGUGCCAGUUCAUUUCAUCUGCUCAUCUUCUCUCUAGAGUUUCUCUCUCUCCAGUCUCCUCCAUCCGCUCCCGCAUCCACCAGCAAAUUUGCUCGCAUCACCCACCGUCGACGCGCACAUCUGGAUUCCCCUUGGGAUUGAAGCAGAGAUCAGACCCUGCGUUUGUUUUUGGUGGAGGUCAUCGACGCGAGCAACUGGAAUUGAUCCAGAAGGGGAGGGAGUGCUGGAAGCGCAGAUCACAUAGUGUGGCUUUGAUUGCGGUGGCAUAUUUAGAAUCAGAUCAAGGGGACUGUGAGGUGCUGGGACAUCGAAUCGGUGCCCGGCCUGUGCUCCUCGCCGGCGGUCGCAACACCGGGCGUUUUUCAGAGCGCGACGGCGUGGACCCGCACGGCCCGAGCGGACCAAGAGAGCAUGCGACGACUUCCAUAGCCAGCGUUGCUCAUCGCUCUUAUCUGGAGUGGAGCAAGAAAGAAUCAUCAGAUUUCUCAAUCUCUACAGCUGAAGAAGUGUGGAGAGGAUGCAACUUCACGGGUGAACGACAAUAAGAAGUAUUUUUCUCAAAUAGUAGAAGCAUUUUCAGCACUUUCCAAUAUCAAUUACUAGAAGCAUUUCAUUACUUUCUAGUAGGCAAAUACAUCAAUUACGAGACGCAUUUCAGUACUUUCCAAUAGACAAAUACAUCAAAUACUAGAAGCAUUUUCAAAACUAGGCAAUAAUAUUGGCAACAUCCUGCCAAGUCUUCAACCUCUAGUGCUUUCCUCUAAUUAUGUUAUUUUCUUAAAAGCAUUGUAAGUCAUGGUGUGGUCAGGAAAGGAAGCAAAUAGGUAUUUGUUGUAAUGUUAUUUGUUUGUAUAUAUUUACUCUAAUUUUGCUUCAAAUCGAUCUGUUUUAUUUGCUUGUA